GUCGUGGACACCACAAUUACAUUGCAUUACGGAAUCGGCUGCUUGUCGAGUACAUUGUUUGCCGCAUAAACUUUGUGAAAUUGGAAAGAGAAAACACUGAAAGAGGAGAGAAAGAUGCAGGAAACUUCUUCUGAUCCAAAAAACACAGGGCAGCUGAGUGCCUCCAUGGCUCCUCCCGUUGCUGUUGCCAACACAUGCCAUGGCGAAGAGGUGGCGGCCGGCGACGUGGAAAGCAACCCAAAAGAACCAGAAGAUUGCUGCUCUCUGGACCAGAACAAGUUUGCGGAGGCGCCGAAGUUGUGUCAUGCCGAAUCAGAUUUGGCCCACUUGGGGUAUGACCGAACCUGUGGAGACUCCAAUUUCAACAUUCACACAGAUCUGGAAGCCUUUGCAGCAGAGUUGGCCCAUCUACCAACUCCCACUACUACUACUACUACGCAAGCGGUAGCUUCCGUUCCUGGAGCACACGCAGUCUGCCAAGUUGUAAGAUUGACUUGUGCCUCCGAGCAUCCAACUCCAGCUGCUGUCCAUGACAUGCAAGCCACAACGACAGGCCUCGUCACUGCGGAACUGGUGCCAGAAGCAGAGCCCGUCGAAGCCCUUCAUGUUGCCCACAUCCCCACCACCACAAGUGAUGGCACUCAAGAUCAAAUCAGGCAAUUGCAGCAGCGUCUGAGCAGCACUGUCAUUGACUCGGAGACACGACAGCAGAUCGAGCAGUUACAGCGACAGCUAGAUGUUUCCAUUAACAACAACCACAGCAGCCAUGAUGGUGGAAAACCUCCUAAAGCUGUCAUUGCAACCAAAUGGUGGCGUCUGGGGCUUUUCCUGGUCCUGAUCAGCCUCUUGGUCGCAGUUGUGGUGGUACUAGGAACCGUUCUGGGACGAGGUGCUGCCAAUGAUGACGAUCCCGAAAUGACUCCUUCCGCACCUGCGACAACACCCAUCAACGCCACCGACACAAGCAGCAGCAUGAUCGAUCCUCCUUCUUCGCCAACAACAACACAGCAUGACUACGACUGCUAUACAAGCACCAUGGACGUGCUUCAAGCUCAACUAUUUCAGCCAGAGCAACAACUGUUCAUCAUGUGCCCCCAGUCUCGCAUCAAGAUUGGUGAACUAGAUACACCCGAGCAAGCAUCGGUUCGAUUCAUUAAUGGUGACUAUCCUUUGGUCAUUGUACGAGCAAACGUAGAAGUGCGAUGUGGCUUGAGUGGGGCAGUCGACAAUGACUGCAUUCUGGAGGGUGGCCAAACACAAGUAGCAAUGCUGCACGAUCUGUAUCAGAAUGAACUCGGGAUUUCCUCGUCACCGGCAACCCACAACGUAACACUGCGAGGAAUCACCUUUACGGGAGCGCUAGUGAGUGACUUGCUGUGGGGGUCUGCUUCGGUCACCAUUGGCAAUCCUGGGAGAAAUAUCCGUUUGAUCAACUGCAAAUGGGAAAACAUGUUUGCACCCACUGGUCUCAUCUAUGUCGGCCUUGAUACCUUUCAGCAAGCAUAUGGUACUGCAUCCUUGCCGAGUCGGUCCUCGGAGGUGGCCAUUAUCAACAGUACCUUUACCAACAUCACUUAUGACGCAGCACUGAUUCGGGUCUUUGAUCAAGAUGUUUCUGUGCAGGGGUGCCAAUUCGACAACAUCAAGGUGCCUAAUUAUGCUAGACCUUGCUAUCAUGAGUUUGGACAGGACUGGUGUCAUGGACUCAUGUACUGCUACGGAGGCAGCUUUUGUGGAUUGUCGGAUAUCUGCGUGGAUCAAUUCAAUUUCUUUGGGCACGCUUCCCUGUUGGCAGCAUCCAGCAAAACAGAAUGGAGCAUUUCUGGAGCCAGAUAUACACACGGGGUAGAACUCCACUCGCAACCAAUGGCCGCUGUGGAGGGUCCUAUUUGUGAGUCUGGAGUCGGCCAGUAUGACGAGUCCUUUGAAACGGUGGAGUGCCUACCGGUAGAACAAGGAGGCAGACUGUGGACCCACAUGUCUCAAUGUCCGCUUCAUUAGAAAGCUAAUCUCAAAUAACGCGAGGUAGCGAGCUAGGUAGCCAUGUAUCGGUACAUAUUGGAUCUGUUUGUCGUGCCCUUGCAACUGCUGGUACGUACUGAAUGCUGGCUUCGUAACGUG